UCGUGGGAUGGGUGCAGGGACCAGGUGGAGUCGAGUGAGUUCUGGCAGGAGGGGGCCAGAGUGAGCUGUGGCAAGGAACAGCCUCUGUAUUGAGAAACCGACUUCUUCCUGGUCUUUGAUUCUGGGUCAUCUGCGUCCCUUUUCUGCUUUGCUCGCAUUUAUUUCCUUCGGUACUCCCCGCCCAGAAUGCCUUUUUUGAGUGACCCCGGGCACAGCUGUGUCGCCACCAGGCCGGGAAACUUCUGUGCUGCACUCAGCGGACAAAACACCGAUCUCUUUCAGUAUUUAUAUAGACCUGGUCUCACUGUGCUGUUACUGCACGAACGGCCCUCGUGGUCUCACCACACUGAGAUAUACGGUUGUGAACCAGUAGGUGAGUCUUAGGAGAGAUUCGAUUGCAAACUAUUUAAGAAGAGCUGCCAGAUUUCCAGAAAAAAUCCUGAAGGAGGGUCCAUGCGGCCGCACCCUCAUUCCCAACAAACUAAUUACAGAUAAGCAGAGCACCUUAGCUGUUCUGUUGCCUAGAGACCCCCUGUUAAAGAUGAGUCUUCUCGGGAUUUAAAACACCACUUUCAACUCGGGAUCCAUAACCGAUUUCCUCAGCAUACACGUUUUAAAGCAGACAGGGAUUUUAGAGAAAAAUCCUGAUUAUUUUCGUGGCAGGCACUCCUUUUAGUAGGGAGCUGGCAUCACACUUUGUAGGGCAGAAAGUUCACUCUUGCUCCUGAAUUGGAGGUAAUUCUAUUAUUUUAAUUCUUCUUUAAAUGGCUAAAUUCCCAACUCUACCUGAGGUGAGGUGAUUCCCUAGCUAGAGCCUUGUUCAUAUGCUAAGCAAGCAAAUUAUUCUUUGCUUUUAAACAAAUUAAGACUUUGGUUAGAAUUUAGAAUACUGAGGAAGGCAAUGGGGAUGUUCAUCUAUCAGCAAGGGAAGAGAAAGUGCACAUGGAAGUGUGGCCUCGCAGGGAUGCAUAUGUGUGAUACUGAUCUGAGUGGAAAGGGAAAGGGGAUUCUUUCUUUUUUUUUUUUUUUUUUUUUUUCGUUUUUAUCGGUAUGAGGGCUCGAACUCACGACCACACACUUGCAAGGCAGGCACUUAUGCCUCUAAGCUAAAUCCCCAGCCCCUGGGAUUCAUUUCUGUAAUAACUGAAGUAAUUUGUGGUCCUUUUCUACACAUUGUUUUAAAAACUGAAACUUGAUAGAGAUGCACAUUGUAAAAUCAAGUAUUGAGUGUGGUGUGGUGAUGCACACCUGCAAUCCUUGCAUUUAGGAAACUGUGACAGGAUUAUCCUUGAGUUCAAGGACAGCCUGUACUACCAUAGUGAGACUGUCUCAAAAUAGAGACAAAAAUGCAAAUUUUUUUCUUUGGUUUUUUUGAAAUAAGGUCUCACUUUGUAGUUCAGGCUGAACUUGAAGUCACUUUGUAGCCCAGGCUGAUCUCAAAUUGAUGGCAGUCCUGCCUCAGCUUUCCAGGUGCUGGGAUUACAGGAAUGUGCCACCAUGCCCAGCUCACAAAUACAAUUUUUGAAGUGGGAAUAAAUUCUCAUAGUUAAAUUCUGCAGCCAUUUGAAUGAGUAGAAUAAAAGAUUUUUGGAAAAAACAAAAGGAAAGAGGAAUAAAAAGCAAAUGGGUAAACAGAGGAUAUUGGAGUGAGGCAUAAAUCAGCAACUACAGCAGUAUACUCCUUGUGACUCCAGAUUUUUUACAGUGUAAUAGAAAAUGUAGAAUUGUCUGUUGGUUUGGUCUGAGAUUGGGUCACUACUCAGACUUAAAGAAUGGAGGGGCAUUUAUGAAUGGAUAAACAUUUCUUCAAUAACUACUUAUUGGAUCGUCUAAUCAUUUUUGAUUCAAAAUUGGAAAUUAGGAAACUGGUCUUGUUCUAAGUUUGAAAUAUUGUAAAUGUCAUCUUUGAGGUUGAAUGGGAUUUAGUCUCCUACUUUCAAAAGAUUUCAAUGUUGGUUUUUUGUGUGUGUGUGUGUGUUUUUGUCUUUUUCGUUUUUAUCGGUACCAGGGAUCGAACUCAUGACUGCCUGCUUGCAAGGCAGGCGCUUAUGCUGCUGAACUAAAUCCCCAGCCCCUAAAAGAUUUCAAUAUGUUUUUGAUGUUCAUUAUUGUACAGGGACUGAUCUUAGAAGAUUUUUCCCUCAACUAUGUCCCUUAAAAGUUUGUUUCUUUUUAAAUAUUUGAGAUCACAUGGUGCUAAAUUGUCCAAGUGAUGGAAAGCCUUUGAUACUUUUUGUACCUCCUUGUAAGUUGGGAUGAGGGACCUUUGCCACUUUGCUAGUUUAUUUUAUUUUUUGGUAACAGGAAUGGAACUCACAACUUGCACUGGCCAGGCAAGCACUAACACCACUGAGCGAAGUCCCCGGCCCCUUACUUUGCUAGUUUAAAAUUGAAGUUUUUAAAUCACCAAGAUUUACCAAAAGUAAAUAUUACUGAGCUAUUGUGGUGGACACCUAAUGGCGUCCACCCGAGAGGUGAGGCAAGAGUAUUACAUCACCAAGCACAUCCUGGAUAACUGAAGUGAAACCCUCUCUCAACAUUAAAUAAAUAUGUUUCUGCCUCUGCCUCCCGAGUGCAGGGAUUACAGUUGUGUGCCGCCAUGCCCAGUGUGUUUCCUGUUUUGAGUGCUCUACUAAAUAGAUUCUUCAGAGCAACCAAAUCAAGAGCAUGGUAGAAAAAAAAAGCAUAGUAGAACACUGAUGGUCUUUGUGUAUAUUUGGGGGCUAUGUGAGAGAGAAUUUUAUGGAGAGGUGCCCUUCUCAUAUAUCACCAAAGUGAGGAAGAUAGGUUGCAAAUUUUCAGUGGGCAGACACAGGGCAGAGUACAUUGAACAGAAGAUACCAAGCUUAUGCAAUGUCAAAGAGAAAACAUUUAAAUGACUUGUCUUAAUUUAUACUGAUUAUGGGGGCUCUUCUAACUCUUAAAAGUAAAGCAUUAGCUACCUUUCUGCACUGGAUUGCUCAGUUGUAACCUAACUUUGUCUUUUACCAUCUUAGUGUACUAAAGGCAGGUAUAUCCAUCACCAUCGCUUCCACAACUCCUUCCCCUUUGAAAAGAUUGAUAUCUCUCUGGAAAGAGAUGAUCUCAAACCUUUCUUCCUUGUUCCAUAAAUGCCAAGAAAUUGCAUUUCCUGUAAUCUCUUUAAGGCUGUCUUCGGUUGUCCACAGUUUGACCACAGAUCUGCCCCGCUGAUGUUGUAGAGGAGCCUAGGGGAAUGGCCUGUUAUCAAAGGCAAAGUUGAGAUAAUGCACAGAGCUUCAUUUCAAGGAACAUUUUAGCCGGGCCUCUAUGUGACCUUGUGGAUAUCAUUGUACAGCUGUAGAACCCAUUCUUUCUUCACACUUCUGAUAUCUGAAAUGUAGUGCAGGGGCUGGGGAUUUCACUCAGUGGUGUAAGCACCUGGCUGAAAUGUAAUGCAGGUAGUGAGGAUAGGGAAGGGAGCGUGCGCGUACAGAGAGCAGGUACUUUGGGGAGAGCCACUGAGCUUGGGUGUGGUAUGCAAAGCUAGAGAGUUUCCAUCUCCUGUGACUUCUGUUUGCCUGUUCUGUGUCUUUUGUCACUUAGCUGCAUAUUUGCCCACUGCACCUGCUAAGUCUGUGGUUUUCAGGUAUAGGUGAUUGUGCACAUCAGGAAAUAUGUUGAAAUCAUAACACACAGCAUGAGCAAGUAUGAGAGCAGCUCAUGGAUGGAGGCCAGGGAUACUGAUCAAUACCACACAGCACACAGGGUGAACCCAUACUAGAAAGUGCCCCCAGUAUCACUAGUGAUCUCCUUUACUGUCCUGCUGCAGUUUUGUAUUCCUUCCACCCUUUGGCCCCUGCUAGUAGAUUACAGCCUAUGGCUUUAUGGACAUUUGUUAUACUGGCUGUAAAGCCCAGAGAGUGCUCCACACUCUAAACGUGUUGGAAUUCCUCAGCAUAUAUAUUAGCAUACAUAUCACACUAAUGGAAAUAUUAGUGUGACCAAACUGGAAGAAUUUACUUGUAUAUAGCUAAAUUAACUCAGUUUUAUAUUCUAGACUGUUUUGAAUUGCUUUAUACGCAUGUUUUUUGUUGUGGUUGUUUUGGGUUGUGUUCUGUUGUGUUGUUAUUUUUGGUACUAGGGGUCAAACUUACAACCUCGAGUUUGCGAGGCAGGCGCUGUGCCACUGAGCCAUAUCCCUGUCCCUGUACAUCCAUGUUAACUCCUAGCAUGGUCUCCAGUGUCCCUGCCCAUGACAUCUCAUUUGCCUUUCCGCAGUUCUGGAAGGGAGGGGCUGCCCAGUUCUGCACUGGCAGGUGGGAGACAAUGCCAUGAGGCUCUGGAGCCUCUUGGUGGUGCACAGAGCCUGUGUCCAUCUCAAGUGCUGACCUGCACCAUCUGCAGACACCACAAGCAAUGCAAGUUUCCAUUUCUAACUUUCAGCCAGCACUUGGCUUUCUGUAGUUUGAUGAGCAUCAUAGACUCAUUGUGAAACUGAAAUGUUUUUCUCAUUUUUUGUGUUCUACAUCUCUGUGAUAGGCUAGUUUUUUUGUUUCCUAAGUCCUUCUGUCAAUUAUCUGCCUAUGUGGUAUUGUCAUAUUUGAGAUGAGUACACUUUUCUUUUAAUAAAGCUUUUUUCUAGGUAUUUCAUUGCCACUUCUAAAGAAUCAGCAUUACUUAAAAGUUUGUUAAUGCUAGAUUCCUUUUUUGUUACAUGUUAACUUCAUAAACUGUAUUAUUCACCUUGCAAGAAUUCUAAGUUAUGUUUGUAUCUUUUCAAAGGCACUGUAGCAUAUUUUUCUUUAAAAAUUUAUUUUUGAGAAAAAUUAUUUUUGAAGAUGUUCUUCGUUUUGAGUUUCUUAUAUUUUUUCUGGAUUUUUUUUUUUUUAAUCUUUUUGAGACAGUCUCGUUAUGUAGUUCAGGCUGACCUUGGGCUGACUUUGUAGUCCAGGCUGGUCUUGAAAUCGCAAACGAUUUUUCUGCGUCAGCCUCCCAAGUGGUGGGACUACAGGAGUACCCUACCAUGCCCAGCUGGAUUUUAUUUUCAUAUGUUGUAUGUUUCUCCAGUAUGUGGAGUCUACCUUUGAAAGUCUGUGAUGCAAAAUCAAGUUCAUUUUCAUAAAAUUCACUUAUUAGUGGAUCUGUAUAUUUUGUCAUGUAAAAAUAAGAUUUCUGCCUAAAAAUAAGAUUCUUGCUUGCAUUUUGUUGCAGUAUGAGGGCUGAAUCUAGAAUGUUGUGCCUAUCACUGGGCUACAAUUUGCAGGAGGGUUUUCUUUUUCUUUGUCUUUUUUUUUUUUUUUCCCUUGGUACCAGGGAUCAAACUCACGAUCUCAUGCUUGCCAGGCAGGUGCUUAUGCCACAGAGCUAAAUCACGGGCUCUACAGGAGGGUUUUCUAAUAAAAAAUAAUGACUCACAAUAUUUUCUAUCUACUUAGUUGAUGAACUCAGAAAGAAAACAAGAGCUCUUAUUUAGUGCAAAAGACUUGGAUGGAACAUCUUUGACUUAUGUAACUUACCACUAUCGAUUUCAAUUAGGUGAAUAACAUGGGCUCAGCUACUGGAGAUUAAGGGCAGUAGUUUUAAGUUGAGGCCCACAUUGAAAAGUGAUGGACUUCUUGGACUUCCGGAUGCAAAACUUUUGUCUGUGUCAUUCUUGCAUAUAGAGCAGCUCUACAAGGACUGCUGACUGACAAACUGCAGAAAAAUGAGAUAAAAUACCUCAUAUGCUGAUGAUUUGGGGGGCUGUGCUUCCACCAGAGCUCAGGGGGCAAGAAAUGGAGCAGCAGUGCAGCAGUGAAGAAAUGUUUGUGCCCCAUAAACUGUGUAAGCAGGCACACUGUCGACAGAGGACUCUGACUCUUCCUCUACCUGGAACCCAAGUCAAGCUCCCAGUGUGCUGCAAAAACCACACUACUUGGCUCACACUGCCUGGCUCUGUGACAUUUACUGACAGCAUAUUUUAUGGAUGGGGCCUUGGGAGAACUCUAAUCCUGGAAAUGGUGAUAUGCAGGGACCAGUGACCCCAGACAGAAGUGAGGCUGUGGUGAAGGCAGGUGGACAGCUGCAUAUGGACAGAAGCAGCUUUGACAAGACCUAGACCUCUGCGUCACCUGAGGUGUCUCGUUCCUGUGUGUCCUUUGCUGCUUUUAUGCCUUUGUUCUCCUCUGCAAGACCCUCAGCAUCCUGUGCUGUGUAAAGGAGGUUACUUCAGCAUGUCCUAAGCGCUGUCAUGGGCAGCUCAGGGCCUGCUCCCCAAUUAUCGUAAUAGUGGGCGCUGACUUCUGGACAGCUUUGGUGGAUCUGCAGACUCUGUGAUGUUUGUGUCAAGCGGCCCUCAGCCAGCCUUUGAGUCCCCGACUUUUAUUUCAACAGCAGACCUCAUGUGACUUACGUGUCAAAUACCUUCCAAAUAUCUUUUGUGUUAAACUGGAUUAGAUUGUAUGGACUGUACAGUUUUGGCUGAUUCACCCGUUGGUAUGUUCAGCAGCAGGGUGUGCUACACGGCAGUGAGGCUUGUGUUGGAGUUCCCAUGAGAAAUUUCCUAGGAAAUUGUUUUUGUCUGUGGCUCCUCCUGUUUUUCUGUGCUCCAUCCUCACUGUGGUGAGCAGACUGGUCUUGAUGUGCAAAGGUCAUCACAUGUUGGAUAUGGAGCAUCCACCAGAACAGCAUAGAAGGGAACAGAGUGCUGUAAUAGGAAAGCACAGAAAGAUAAUUUCAAUACUACUAACAAUGCCAGUCUGAGUAUUAAGGUCAUAAAAUACAUUUUUAGAAUUUAGACAGUAGGGAAUACCAUUCAGAAGAUGUAAAUUGAUAUGCUAAGUUUUCAUUUGUAAUUAUGGAGUUGGGUUUGCAGUCAGCCUUGGACAUUAGUAAUCUCUCUGUCCAGAUUUGUAUGUAAAGCACCAUGGAGAACAGGCAGGACUUCUUAGGACUCUGAAUGGUCCUAUGGGAUAGAUGCGAUGCACACAGAACAAUAACUCACAUCGCUACUAAGUUGACUGUCCUGAGAACUUUUUGAUGCUGAUUGAGACAAAUGAGCGUUAUUACAAAGACAUUAAGUUAUUGUAACUUUUUAUAACCGGUGUUCAUCUGAGUUAGCAAUUCAGAGGUGUUAUUUUAGAAAUAACUAUUCAUAGUUAGAUCACUUCCAGUGGAAUGAGAUAGCAUGACAACAGUAGGUUUUUUUCUGCAGCUUCACAUAAUGAAUGUCCAUAAAAUGUAUUUGUGUAAUCAGUUUGGAUACUGAGGGGUGUGUGUGUGUGUGUGUGUGUUGGUGUGUAAGGGCUGAAUUUUCUUUUUUUUUUUUUUUUUUUUUUUUUUGUCUUUUUCCUUUUUAUCGGUACCGGGGAUCGAACUCACGACUGCCUGCUUUCAAGGCAGGCGCUUAUGCCGCUGAGCUAAACCCCCAGCCCCUGGGCUGAAUUUUCUUUAACCAUUCCCAUGAGAUUGAUUAGUAACCACAUAUUGGCUUGUUAUCUGAGUACUGUGAUAUGAUAAUGUUUGAGAGAUAGUAAAUCCUUACAUAUACCAUGGAUGAAGGAAAAGAAUAUAGUAACUAUUCUCUGAUGUUGCGCUGUACAUAAUGGAAGAUCUCUUGUCUGGGAAUAUCUUUUUUUGGGUUAUGAGGUACAGACCAUUGGAAUAGCCAUAGUGGUUGUAGUCCUUCCCACAAUCCCUUAAGUGAUCAGAAUGUAUCGGGUAAAUUUUGUCUGUAUGUAAGGAUUUAUUUGAGGAAAGAGUUGAUUUUUUAAAUUUUUCUAUGUAACUAUAUCUAAGACAAGUGUGUUAAGAACAUGUAUCCAAUAAACCAUGUCCCUUCGUUGAGGUAUAUGUGUCAAAAAAUACAAAAAAAUAGGAAGCCUUUUUACCAUUGUAAUACUGGAGAUGUAAGCAUCUUAUAUGAUCUUUGUAAGAACCCGAGUUUUAAGAAUAAAAACUGUUGUGCUUUGUGUCUCUCAGAAGAUUGGUGUCUUACUCAUGCAAUGUUGUGAAACCUUCUGCAUCACAAUUUAGAAAAUUUAAAGUUUGGGAAAUUAAAUUCUUAUCAAGUAUUCCCCCUUUUUAAUUUCUAAAUUUAGUUUUAAUGAGGUCUCCAGAUCAUUCUAUAAUGGCUUGUCUCCUGCACUUAUAAGGGAUAUCCAGGAAAUGUUGGAACAUGUCAUAGUGAUGACAAAGUUUGUAAGAAAAUUGGCAUUGCCAUUAAUCAGCAGGCUAGAGACCAUGUUAAAGAGACUCAGCAUUUUUAUCAUGAAUAAGGAUAGCUUUGAUCAUAUUUAGGAUGUCCACAAUAUAGGCCAAACCAGGGACAAGUUCAGAGUAGCAACUGUUAUUUUUUAUUACUUAGGAUUGUUAUAGAAGUUAAACUCCUCUAGAAUGUUAAUACUUAAUAUUUAAAAAUUAGAAAGUUUUAGAGAGAAGACUUGAACAAGGACAGUAUAACAUAUUAUGGCAAUCAGGAUGACCCUCAUUAAAUUACUUGAUAUGAAGAAACUUUUAUAGAUAUUUGUCAUUUUUCAGUAGAGUGUCAUCUAAGAAGAAUUAGAUGUGUCCACUGAUGUAUUUUAUGUGACAUUUGUUGGAUGAUACAUUAAGCACAUUUACUAAUUGUGAUAUCAAUAUAAAACUUGCACAUAGUAACAAUUUAGGCCUAAGGGUUUUUUGAGAUAUCAUCUCAUUCUAGUUAUGUUCUUAUUAAUUAAUUAACUAAUUUAUUUAGAGACAAGAGUCUCGCCGUGUAGUUCAGGCUGGUCUUGAACUCACUUGGUAGACUAGGCUUGCCUCAGGUGAGCAGGCAGCCUGUGCAGCCUCCCAAGUGCUGGGCAACCAUAAUAGAUCUUGUUAUCUUUGAGAUAGCUGCCCAUGCCAUCACAUAAAAUAAAAUCAAACAAAACAAAACAGAACAAAACCCAACCCAACAAAACAAUGAAAAUGAUAUAGGACUUCAAAACAAGAUAAUAGAGAAUUAACAAUGACUACCACCUUCAGAAGGAAAGAUCCCCCUCUAAAUGCCACACUGUGUACCGUUAUCUUAACUCUGCCUAGAUGAUCAGACCACUGGCCCUAGACCUGCAAAAUAAACACUAACUGCUACAAGCAUUAAGUUGUAUUUUACUUCAAUAGCUAUCAUCACAACCUGUAUUUCUCCCAAUCAGCCGGUUGCUUAUGAUGGUGGGAAGGUGGAUGGGGUUUGGUCUUGUUUCCCAGUGCAGCUGGCAUCUGGCUCUCCCCACAGCGGCCCAUGUGUGGCAUCGGUUCGCAGGCUUCAGUGUGUAUUUAUAUUUUGUCAAUGCCUGGAAAUGAAAAAGCUAUGCCAGAUGACAGUCAAAAACCAAAGACCAACCGCCGCAUGAAAUUAUUUAGGGCAUUUUGUGCUUUUUGCCCCCUCUGCACCCUGAUCAGCUACAGGAGCCCCUCCCUAACAUUCUGUACUGACUCUUUGGUGCUAGUAAAAUAGCAAAGAGCUCUAUGCUUGUCUGUCUAAUGAGAAGGGGUAGCAUAAGUACAAGGAAAAAGAAAUAAAAAGCUAAAGAGAAAUUCUCAUAGGAAUAAACUAAUCAUUACGAGAAGUAUUGUUUCACCAGCAUAACACACAUCAUGCCUUACCUUUGUUCAGGAGCAAUGGCACCAAAACAGCACUUUCAUUUGCAGAAAGAAUGCAAACUUCUCAGACAGGUUAAGCCUUGAGAAGUAAAUUUUCUCCAGCAUGCACACAUGCUGGAAAGUGACUGGUUUCUAUAGAUUGUGAAAGGGAGCAGCCAAAAGCCAGGGGACACUUGACAGAUUUAUGUGUGGUCCUUCUGCAAGGGCCUCACUAAUCUUCUUUGUAUCAUUCCAGUUCUAGUAUAUGUGCAGCUGAAGCAGGCAGACUUUUACAUUUUUCAUUUUUCAUUUUUUCUUCUUUUUCCACUUCAUUGCAUUCUAUUUUUUUCCACUCAUGUUUUCAAGACACAUUAUAAACAUGGUGUACAUUGAUUUUUCCCCCUAAAAUUGAUUCAUAUUAUAAGGAAAAUAUGAGAAAUAAAAGUGAAGGAAGAAAAAGAAAUUCACAUGAAGUGCCUCUGCCUAUUUAGCAGUUGGACAGUUAAAAGAACUCUGGGCUCAUAAACCCUGUAUUCAUACCUGCGGUAACAAGGCCAGGCUGUCCCAUAGCUGUUUCUGUCCCCUUGUUGGGCUGAGGAGUCAGACAAGUCCUUGUUCCUUUUCCAGGCUUUGGGAGGGCAGUAUUCUGCGCCGACCUGCAGCAGCAGCUUUUUCCUCCCAUAGGGACCUACGUGUGCCAUCAGCAAGCAUGGUGGCAUACAGUGCUUAGAGGUGAGACUUACUCAAGCACCAAGGGGCACAGAGGAGCUACACCAACCAACAGCACCCAGCAUUAGAAGCACUCCUGGGGGUUGGGGGCUGGAGGUUUAGCUCAGUGGCAUAAGCGCCUGCCUUGCAAGGAGGCAAUCGUGAGUUCGAUCCUCGGUACCGAUAAAAAGGAAAAAGACAGAAAAAAAAAAAAAAGAAGGACUCCCAGGAGAAUCCCUGCCCAGUUUUCAUUUAGAAUGUCAGAGUUAGUGAAACCAGCAUAGAAAAAAUAAUGUGGGUAAAGAGCUAUCUCAAGGCUAUUCAGUUUGUGUGGGAAAAUGGGAAGAAAAUGGUCAGAAGCAACAAGCCUCAUGAAUCUAAACCUGUCCGUUGCUUAGCCAUUCACUUCUCACAGAGCCUGAGUUACACCAAAGUUUAAUCAUUUAUCCCUCACACAGUGUAUGUGCAGGCUCAGAACUGGGAAGUUUUCCUAGGGAAAGCUUCCCCUGUAAUUCUGUAGGCCAUCCUUCUAUAAUUUAUCUUUUUUCUUAAUUAAAAUCAAUAUAAUACUUUGCCAAAAUAAUCCUUAUAUUUUCAUAAAACAGAAAAAUGUUAUUCCCAAGUUGUUGCUAAACUCUGACUUUCAGUUUUCUUAUGUAGGUUUUAUUUUACUGUAUACAGAUGGUAAAUGAUAAGACCUUUACAUUCAAGAAAUGGUAAUGACACCAUUCAUUUGUUCUAAGAAGCUGUUUGGUAGGUGUCUUAGUUACUUUUUACUCGUUGCUGAGACAAAAGACCUGAAGCCCAAGGUUGGGAAAGGAAAGGUUUAUUUCUUACAGUUUUUGGAAGUUUCAGUCCGCACUUAGUUGGCUCCAAGGCAGGCGGGCAUGGCUGGGCCGCAGCUCAUGGUGGCUGUCAACAGCAAACAGGAACCAGUAAAGAGCAAGACACACCUUCUUCCUGCCAUUACAUCACAUCCUGGCUCCACCCCUUUGUGGGUGGAACACUGACACCAUCAAUCCAAGAACUAUACAAUGAACCAUCACAAAUGAACUCAUGAGGCCUGGGGGCCACAAACAUAAACCAUGACAGUAGGAUAGAAUUAUUAAUUUGCAAUUUGAGCUGUGUCAGAGCAUAAGGUUUCACUGUUGUGUUUACCUUCUGGUUUGGAUCUUAGGAGAUAUAAUAGCUGUGUUUGUUUGGAAUUAUUCCACCUAUCUCAGUUCAUCCUCCUCAGUUUCAUGGCUUCCUUAUGGCAAUUCCAGGCAAACUUCCUCUUCCUUUAUCUGCUGACGUACCUGUUCCUACUGCUAGGGAUCCUGGUUUCAGUGUGUGCUGUGCAAUCACAUCCAUGUACCACUUACAAUCUGAUAGUUCUGUGAGUAGAACUAUGUCCAGGGGGCCAACAAAGCUGACCAACUUUCUCUGGCUCCAUAGCUGUGUCACAUGGGUAGUCCAAGUUAGUCACCAAAGCCUUCUUGAUAGUUAUAGAAUAUGUUCACCAUAUGUGUCUUUCUGUGUCUGUAUGGCACAAGAAAAUCAAUACCAUUCCUGAUUGUGCCUAUCUUGGGACUUUAUCCUGGGGUACGUUCUGUUAUUGCAAUUUGGAAACAAUGGUAGUUUUCAUCUCUUCUGUAGACUAACGUAACCUAACAUGUUUUCUGCUAUAUUCUCCUAAUGAGCCUGAAUGGUCGUGAGAAGAGAUUUAACACACGCAUGUCAGAUCUCACUAUUAGUCCUCACUGUUUUACCAUGUCUUCUUUUGACACCAGGUGUCAUUGUCAUUGUAUGUAAUUAACCUCACUGUAGCUGAGAGUGACACUGGCUCCUCAUGUUCAUUGACUUUCAUCCCAAUUUGGAAAGUAAUGAAGGCACUGUGAAGAGUCUUGCAUUCCCUUUUCAUAGCAUCAGAGUUCUCAGCCUCAGAAACGGGUCAGAAGAACAAUACUCACCGUGCUCUUCCCACAGAGCUUUCUACAUAGUGGUGUAGAGAGUGAAUUAUUGGGCUCUACAGUUUUUCAUUCUUGUGCUUCUCUAUAAAUCUCAUCAUUAGAGUUUUUGAUACCUGAUUUAUUGUGACAAAACUUCUUUAUUGCUUUAAAUCUAUAUGCAGCAUGAAGUAGUCUUUAACUGUAACAGGCUGCGUAGCGCAGGGAAACCUUGAGUCUCACACACAGACAAUUACAUGCUCUAUUGCAUGCUGUUAUUUUCUUCUUGGAUCUGAUUAGAUUGAGAACUAAAGGUAGGAAAACCUGUAACAUAAAACUAGGCAUUGCAUUCAAUUUUGUGCACUUGGACUACAUUAAUUAGUACAUUGCCCGUACCCAGACUCUUUGAUGGGUUUGUUGAUCUUCUCUGUUUGUCUUUGAAACUAGAAGUUUUCAGAGACAGUGGAGCUGUCUUCUCUUUCACAGGGACAACAGGUAUGGAGAAGCCACAAAAUAUAGUAGAGAAGUACAAUCAGCUCUGCAAAGCUUGGAGUAAAUCCUGCUUCAAAUCAGUACUGCAACAGGGUGGGUCAAGUCAGUGUCCCUGGGAGGAAAACUGGGUAGGCAAGGCAUUCUGAACUCUGUCAUUUGGGCUUCUCUCAAAUGAUAAUGUACCAUCUUGCUUUCCUUCUUGCUCAUUGGGUAGAACACCCAGCAGGUUUGUGAGGAAGAGUUUGGGUGUAUGAAAAGUCAAAUGAGAUAUACAGGCCAGAGAAUACAAUCUUCCUUUUCAGGAAGCAAAGCCAAAAGUUCACAAAGUGAUGUUGAGAGACUCCCAAGCUCACUCAGCCUGACUCAUUCUGUGGGUUCUACUGACUGUUUGCAUGGGAAGCAGCUGGCAGAGCUCAGUCCCCAAGAAGGUGAUGGUACAGGAUCAAAUGAGCAAAGAUAGGAAUAUGAUCUUUCUUGCAAGCCUCGGUUCUUGUUGCAAGUGAGCAGAACCAGCUUUGGCAGGAUUUGAGCCUCAGCACCUCAGUUGAGAAAUUUAGUUCCUAUCUGGCCAUUCUCUCUGGUACACAUUUGGUAUUUCCUGGCCCUCAGGAUGGGACUCUGUCUUCUUCUAGGAACUAAAGACGUCCUUGUGAGACAGGUGCUGUUACUGUGACCAGAGCCCUGAUGCUCCCCACUCUGUCCUUCAGUGCCUCUUCUCCCCGUGCUGUGCGGUGAGCAGCAGGCUAAGAGGAGAUGCCUGACUUAGGUGAAGUUACUAUGUGGGUGAGACUGGACUGUUUUAUGCAAAUUUUUUACCCAGCAACACACCAAGUAUCAUAAUUUAUAUCUGCAAUGUCAUUAAAUGUCUCCUAAGUGUAAAAAUUGAAUGGUUUCUGUAGGCUGUCUCCUCAUGAAGGCAUUCACAGAUAAGUUCUGUAUCAGUACGGGCUCUUAGGGCGAGGGUGUUUUUGGAGAUGGGUUUCUGGGGUCCCGGCCUAGGAAAGUGUUUUCUUCUCUGUCCUAGUCCCAUCUUUCCCUUCUUACUGACUGACACAGUUUGAGUACAUUUUUCUUCCAUUUCCACCUUGCCAUACCAUGCCGAACUUGGAACAAGGAAAGCAUGAACUGAACAGUAAGUACACAUAAACCCUACUUCUUUAAAUUGAGGUUGUUGGAUAUUUGUCCUAGUUACAGGAAAGUUACUAAACCAUCUAAUUACAUCUUGUUUUUGAAAUCUAAUGUUUUCCUCCAUUUCAUUGUUUUGCUUUAUUCCUAUAUCUGGUAACCUGAAGUACUAUUUGAAGAUAACAAAAUGCUAUAUAACAAGCAUUGUUAAAUUCCUAUAACAAAAGAACCACAAUUUAUGUGAACCUAUUAAGCAACCAGUGCUACCUCUGUGCUCUUUGUGUAGUAGAGACAAGUAAUAUAGCAUCGAGUUGUGUGGGAAACUGUGUGUACACCCAGGCUCUUGUGACAAAGACAUGGCAUUCAUAUUUCACGUAACAGUCUCAAUUCAGCUUUUACAACAGGAGCUCAAGUUCUCGGUGUGAGUGUGAACCUUCUUCAGGAAAUAUGUAUGUGAUUAUUUAGGAGGCAGUGAGCUUGGAGGAUAUAACUGUGAACUUCACCACAGAGGAGUGGGCUCUGCUGAAUCCAUCCCAGAAGAAGCUCUAUAGAGAGGUGAUGUGGGAAACAGUGAUGAAUAUAAAUACUAUUGAAAGAACUUGGAACCACCAGAAAAUGGAAGAAUACAAAAAUUGCUCAAGAAAUGUAAGAAAUGCAUCGGUAGCAAAAUGCUAUCAAUAUGUAUCUUGGAAUCAACAUCAAAAUGUAUUCCUUUGGACUGCAGAUGCUAAUGAGGACGUGCAACAAUCUGCUUCAAAGACAGCUGGAAAUCUUGUUUGUAGAGAGCCCCUGAUUGGGAAUUUAUCAUUUAAUGUUCCCAUCUUACCUUGCAGUGGAGAGAAGCCUCCGCAACAUGCAGAAUGUGAUGAGAAGCCGAGUAAAUGUAAUGAACACAGAAAACCCUGCAGUGAUCUCCAGUCCUUUCAGAUGUAUGCAGAGACAGAGAAGGAAGAGAAAGCCUGUCCAUAUGAGCACUGUGGGAAAUCCUACUCUGAAUUUAGUGAAGGAACUCGCCCUGGAGAGAUUAUUGUUGCUCAGAAAAGUGGGAAAGCAUCCACCACACCCAGUGGUUUUCAAAUCCAUGAACGAAUUCACACUGGGAAGAAACCACAUGUAUGCAAGCAAUAUGGAAAAAUUUUCAUUACUGACAGUUGUAAAAUUCAUGAAAGGACUCACCUGGAGGAGAAACACGAUGUGUGUAAGCAAUGUGGAAGAGCAUUCCACACACACAGUAGCUGCCAAAAACAUGAAAGAAUUCACACUGAGGUGAAACUCUCUAUAUAUCAGCAAUAUGGGAAAUCACUCAGCACAUAUACUCAAUGUGAGAGUACUCACAAAGGGAAGAAACCUUUUGUAUGUAAGCAAUGUGGGAAAGCUUUCUCAAGACACAGUUACUGGAAAAUACAUGAAAGAACUCACACUGGGGAAAAACCUUAUUUGUGUACACACUGUGGGAAAGCAUUUACUACACACAAUAAAUGUAAAAUACAUGAAAGAAUUCACACUGAGGAGAAACCUUAUGUGUGCAAGCAAUGCGGGAAAGCAUUCAGGACACACAAUAAAUGUAAAAUACAUGAAAGAACACACACUGGGGAGAAACCUUACAUAUGCAAGCAAUGUGGAAAAGCAUUUGCCAAAAAGGCUUAUUGUAAUAUACAUGAAAGAACUCACACUGGGGAGAAACCUUAUGUGUGUAAGCAUUGUGGGAAGGCAUAUAAUACACCACGAUCUUGUCAAACACAUGAAAGGACUCAUACUGAGGAGAGACCUUAUGUGUGUAAGCAAUGUGGAAAAGCAUUCUUUAUAUAUAGUAAAUGUCAAAUACAUGAAAGAACUCACAGUGGAGAGAAACCAUAUGUGUGCAAGCAAUGUGGAAAAGCAUUCUCUACAAAGACUUACUGUAAUGUACAUGAAAGAAUACACACUGGGGAAAAACCUUACGUGUGCAAGUACUGUGGGAAGGCAUUUGCUGUGCAGCAAUAUUGUCAAAUACAUGAAAGAACACAUACUGGGGAGAAGCCCUAUGUGUGCAAGCAAUGUGGGAAGGCAUUCACUACAAAGUCGUUUUUAAAUGUACAUGCAAAAAUUCACACUGCUGAAAUACAUGUGUGCAAACACUGUGGGAAGGCAUACAGUACACCUCAGUAUCGUCAAAGACAUGAAAGAACUCAUACAGGAGAGAAACCUUAUGAGUGCAAGCACUGUGGGAAAGCAUUCACCAGAAAGUCUUAUUGUAGUGUACAUGAAAAAAUUCACAUGGGGGAAAAAUCUUACGUGUGCAAGCACUGUGGGAAAGCAUUCACCAGAAAGGCUUAUUGUAAUGUACAUGAAAAAAUUCACACGGGGGAAAAAUCUUAUGUAUGCAAAUACUGUGGGAAAGCAUUCGCUACAAAGUAUUCUUGUCACAUACAUGAAAGAAUUCACACUGGCGAAAAACCUUACGUGUGCAAGUACUGUGGGAAAGCAUUUACUACACAGAACAAUUGUCUAAUCCAUGAAGGAGCACACACUGGGAAGAAACCUUAUGUGUGCAAGCAAUGUGGAAAAGCAUUCACUACAAAGUAUGCUUGUAACAUACAUGAGAGAACUCACAUGAGGAAACCUCACGUGUGCAAACAAUGUGGGAAAGCAUUCCUUACAGAUAAGUAUUAUAAAAGACAUGAAAGAAGUCACACUAAAGAAAGAAUUUAAGGUGCAAGCAAUAUGGUGUUGAAUUCGUGUAGCAUACAUGAAAGAUCUCAUGCAGUAGAGAAACCUUGUAGGUAUAAGCAAUGUGGGAAGGUAUUCACUACACACUAAUUCUGUCAAGUACAUAAAAACUCACACGUACAAACAAAUACAUGCUUGUGAGCCAUGUGGAAUAGGAUUUUUAAGUCCUCAUUUUAUGUAUGAGAAUCUCACUGGAGCAGAUUUCUAUGUACAGCAACAAUGUGGUGGAAGUAUUCAGUGAAUGCAUUUUUUAUCAAAUACAUGAAGGAGCUUACAGUAGAGAUUGAUAAUAUGUGUAAACCUAUUUUGGAAAACUGGUCAAACUUCCUCAUAUAUUUGAGCCAUGAGCACGUGCAAAUGAAAAUUUUCAUGUGAAUAUUACUUCAUAAGAUUUCCAGGAAUUAUACUCCUAGAUGGAGAUCUAGAUGUUUUCUUUGUUUUUCAAUAAAUAUCUUCAAGAUAACUGAAAUAUGUAUCUUUAGUCUUUAUAAUACUAAUAUAUUUUUAUGUAAGUCAUAAUUUUUUAACUUUAUGUUACAGUUUCGUCUAAUGAAACAAGGUGAAUUGAAAUAUAUUUCUCACUUCCAAGUAUGGUUAGAAUUUACUUUUGAUUUUGUUUUGUUUUUACUAUGUGAAGAUGUAGGCUGCUAUAAAUAUAUUGAUAGAUUUCUAAUUGAUAUUUCCCACUCUUGUAAAUUUUUUGGCGUAUUACACUUUGUAACCUAUAUACAAAAACAAUUUUGAAUUUGAUUGUAUAAUCGAUAUGUCAGCGUAUACAAAUUUAGAGACCUGUAAUCAUGUACUUUUUUUUAAAAAGUCUCUUUGUUUAUAUACAACUUGUAGAUUAGCAAAUGCUUUGGUUUUUAUGUUGUAUCUGCACAUUUCACAGCAUAAUUAUGUAAAGCACAUAAUUUCAUCUAUUGCUUUCAUGUGGAUAUCAGUAGUAUGAUUUAUAUAAAAUUUCAAUUUCUUACCAUUACCAUUUUUCUUACUUAUAUUAUGGCUUUUUAUUUGGUGGCAAUUUUACCACAGUUUAUACCAAAAAAUAAACCAUGCUGCUGUAAA